AUGAAAGCUUUUGGACUAAUCUUGACCACCUUGGGUUUGGUAGCCUUGGCUCACAGCACCCAUCUCGAUUACCCCCUGAAAUGUCAAUCCUCGGAAAUGGGCAUUCGUUGGCCCAACUAUUAUGACAAAUCGGAAUAUUUCGUUUGCAAUGUUUUGGGUGGUAAACCCAUGGUGAUAACCUGUAAUCCUGGCGAAGUUUUCACCUUCGUUUUGCAACUGUGUACCAGCCCCAGCAAAUAUAUCCCUGCUCCUCCAGCUGCCCGAUUGCCACUUGCUGCUUCAACAGCCACCGAUCGUAAGGACACUGAAGGUCAUCCACCAAUUGAGACGAAUGAUAAGGAAAUUGCCGCUGUUCCACCGACGGUAGAUGUUGCUGUACCUGAAGCUCCCAUUGUUGUCGAUGAAGCCAAACCUGUUGAAGAAGUUAAACCAGUCGAGGAAACCAAACCUGUCGAAGAGGUAGCUGUUGAUGCUGAUGCCAAUAAGGAAAAAGAACAAAGCAACAUUGAUGUUCCAUUGCCACCAACCCCAGCACCCACACCACCAGUUGUUGCCGUCGAAGAAGAAAAACCCCAUGCCAAGAAACCAUCAGCCGAUAAGAAGAAAUCCUCAUCAAAGUCCAAAAAUGAGAAGAAGAAAUCUACAGGUGAUAAGGCUAAGGCUGGCAAAAAGGCUGCCAAGAAGCCCGCCAAAAAAGCCGAUAAUGCCAAGAAGACCAAAACCGAUUCUAAGAAGAAGGAGAAAACUCCCAAAGCUUAA